UUUACGAAAAACUUGCUUAAUAGUUCAGUAUCAGAUAUCGACAUGUCAAAUUAAUUAACAAAAUCAAAAAUGUUUGGCUGUGGUUCGCGAAAGCCCACUGACGAAACGUAUGAACGUUUCAGCAACUCUAUCAAACUACUUCUGUUAGGAACCGGAGAAUCUGGGAAAACUACAAUAAUCAAACAAAUGAAAAUUUUACACAUCAAUGGAUUCUCGGAAGAAGAAAAAAAGCAAAAAAUUCCUUUCAUUAAACAAAACAUACAUGAAUCAAUUUAUGACAUUCUUGACAACAUGGAAAAAAUCGAUCCACCUGUUGAGCUUGAAAAAUCUGAAAAUAAAUCCAGUGCAGAUUUUAUUUUACAGUUAGGACCUAAGGAACCUUCUGACUACACUCAGGACUAUUUCGACCAUGUUAAGAAAUUAUGGGCAGAUAAUGGCGUACAAAAGACGUUUAAACGUUCCAAUGAAUAUCAGCUCAUUGAUAGUGCGCAACAGUUUCUUGAUCGCAUUGAUGAAAUAAGAAAACCCAACUAUAUUCCAUCCAUUCAAGAUAUUCUAUUUUGCAGAAUUCGUACUACUUCUAUUUCAGAAAUAGAAUUCAGCGUCAGCGUACCAAAAAUUUACGGUGGUGGAAGUGCCAGAUUUUUAAUGUAUGAUGUAGGUGGUCAGCGAGGCGAACGCAGAAAAUGGAUCCAGGUCUUCGACGGAAUCGAUGCGAUUCUGUUCAUAAUAGCAGCGAGUGAUUUCGACCAAAAUUUGAGAGAAGAUAAUAACAAAAAUAGGCUACAUGAGGCACUUUCAGUUUUUAAAGAUAUAUGCGGUAGCAGGUUUUUGAGGAAAGCUGGAAUGAUCGUAUUUUUAAAUAAACAAGACAUCUUCCAGCAGAAACUUGAGCAAGGCAGGAAGCUAGAAAAGUAUUUUCCUGAAUAUGCCGCUUUCACAGAAAGCCACAACUCAGAAUUUGAACGCGCUAAAGCAUUUUUGGGGAAAAAGAUUACAGAAAUAUCGAAAAUAGAAGUGACUGAAAAAGCGUAUAAUCCCAUUAAACAUACAGUAACUGAAGUCACAUUACCCCCUAAAGAUAUUUAUAUUCAUCACACCAUUGCUACUGACACUGAUAAUGUAAAAAGGGUAUUCAAUAGCGUUCACGAGAUGAUAAUCAAAGAAAGAAUCAAAAAUAUUUCUAGUUAUUAGUACAUUUUUAUUGUAUAAUGCAAAUUCUAUAAUACUAUUAUUUAAGCAAAGACCACUUGAGUUGUUCUUUAGCCGACUGUAUUACCUAUAAACAAAUGUAUCAAUAUUAAUCUAACAAACUGUACAGAAAACUAGGACGCUAAGCUAAAAGAAAAUACAAAUACAUAUCCACAAAAAAAAACAAUUACCAAAAUAUUGAAUGGACCGCAUUAGUUACCUGGGCUACUGUCUGCUCCCCUAAUGGAAUGUCAUCAUUUCUUAGCGCCACCCGUGACACCACUGAAUUUGAAUCGGCAUCAAUUAUGAUACUAGAAAAAAAUAAACAAUAUAACAGAAUAAA